GCAUCAUGCGGUACCAAAGGAGGAAAGGGAGAAUAGCGUAGACAACCCGCUGCAGGGUAUUGGGGGAUAUCGCACUAUACCGGGCAAACGAUUUUCUCAGGAAAUUUACCUGCAAUUUCGUCAUUCGCUGAGGAUUUUUGUGAACUAAAUCAACGCUUGGAUAUAUUGUUAGGAUUGCGGAACUUCUAGCCAGGCUUCCUCAUGAUGAUAAAGCGUCUGUUUUACCUGUGAAACGCUAAAGUAAAAGAGCAGUGACCAGAUGGAUCAGAACUUGUUUGGAGGAGUGCCCCGGUUCCUGACCCGGCCGAAGGCCUUUUCAGUGUCCGUCGGCCGAGAUGCUACACUCAGCUGCACGAUCGUGGGUAAUCCGCUGCCAGUGGUCACCUGGGAGAAGGAGAAGCUACGUCUGACCUCUGGGGGGCGUUUCAAGACGGUGGAAGAUGGGGACACAUACCGCCUCACAAUCUAUGACUUGAAUCUGGAGGACAGCGGCCAGUACAUGUGCCGGGCCAAGAACAAUGUCGGAGAGGCCUACGCUGCCGUCACCCUCAAGGUGGCCCUGCCGGAGCAGAUUGUGGAUCGGGCCCCCUUGUUCUUGGCCAAGCCCGUCUCUGCCAGGGUUGGCCUGGGGGAGGAUGUCACCUUCCAGUGUCGGGUGGCGGCUCACCCAGAACCCACCUUCGACUGGGAGAAGGACGGACGCUACGUGGGUGAGUCCAACCGUGUGCAGGUCAGUUCAGACAGCGAGGGAAGCUCCCUGAGGAUCAAGUGUGUCCGCAGCCUGGACAGUGGGACUUACACCUGCCGGGCCCAGAACUCAGUGGGCCGAUCCCAGGCUGCCGCUGCCCUUGUGGUGGAGCUCCAGGGCGCCCGGCAGCUCAAUGAGAAGAGCACCUCCCUCCUCUCACACCUGCAGAAGCGCAAGGAGGAGAUGUGCAAGGACAUCACCGUAUACCGCACAACAGAGGCUAUCUCCUCCGGCUCCUCCUCCAUCAUAUCCAAGACCGCCGAGGGGCUGACCCUGACCCAGGACCAUGACCGCAUAGCCGCCCUGGCUGGGAAGCUGCCUAAGGGUGUGUUCACCCGUACCUGCACCGUGACUGAGGGCAAGCACGCCAAGCUCAGCUGCUUCGUCACCGGCCGCCCCAAGCCUCACAUCAUCUGGAGGAAGGAUGGGACCAACAUCGCAGAGGGUCGUAGGCAUGUGAUGUAUGAGGACCAGGCUGAGAACUUCAUCCUAAAGGUCCUGUACUGCAAGCAGACCGACAACGGCCUCUACACCUGCAAUGCCUCCAACCUGGCUGGGCAGACAUACAGCGCUGUGCUGGUGACUGUUAAAGAACCUAAGGUUCCCUUCAGGACAAAGCUGCAGGAUGUGGAGGUGAGGGAGAAGGAGACGGCCAUGAUGAUGUGCGAGGUGCCCGUCCCGGCCACCAAGGCCAGCUGGUUCAUGGAGGAGACACGGCUGGAGGAGAGCGAAAAGUACCGCAUCGAGGAGGAGGGCACCCUGCGUCGGCUCACCAUCCGCAACGUCAACACCAACGACGAUGCCGUCUAUAUCUGCGAGAUGAAGGAGGGCAGCCGCACUGUGGCCGAGCUCACUGUCUUAGGCAAGAUCACCAAGAAGCUCCCGCGGAAGACGGUGGUUCCGGUUAGCGACACGGUCCUCUUCUGUGUGGAGCUGGAGGAGCCGUGCGAGGGGGCCUACUGGACCAGGAAAGGCGAGCGGCUGAAGGAGGAUGCCCGCGUGUCCAUCGCGUGCGUUGGCAGGCAGUACACCCUGACCAUCCGUGACUGCCAUGCCGAAGACUCUGGAGAGGUUGCCUUUGUGGCCGGGGACUGCAAAACAUCUACGCAAUUCUCUGUCACUGCUCCAAGAAAGCACCCUCCAGAGCCCCCAGUCAACCCUGUGGUGAGGAACAAGACCAGCUAUUCGCUUGUGUUGUGCUGGUCACCACCAGACACCGACCGGCCAGUGCCCAUCUCUGGCUAUGUGGUGGAGAAGAAGAAGUUGGGUGCCCAGACUUGGGUGAAGUGUCACAGCACUCUGAUCAUAUCCGGCACUGAGUUCAUGGUCAGUGGGAUCACUGAGGAGGCCAGCUACCAAUUCCGCAUUACCGCCGUGAACGACUUCGGCCAGAGCCCUUGUUUGGAAGUGCCUGGAACCUUCUACCUCGAGCCCACUGGGGAGCUGAAGUCUGGCCUGGUGAACAGCACUGCCACGGAGGGCGAGGAGGCCUCCUUCAACGUGGAGCUGUCGGCCGUCUGCUCGGGCUCCUGGUCGCUGAACGGUCGCGUCCUGCGGAGCGGCGAGGAGUACCUCAUCACCCGCAACAAGACCACCCACACGCUGCUUAUCCGCCGUGUCUGCCAGGAGCUCCACGGGACCACGCUGCUGUUCACAGGCGGCGGUGCAGAGAGCGUGUGCACGCUCAGUGUGAAGGCGGCCCCAGCACGGUUCACCAAUAAAUCAGCAGAGACAGAGGUGGUGAGCUGUGACGCAGGUUCCUCUGCGCAGCUACGCACAGAAGUGUCGGACUCCAAGAUCUCGGUAGUCUGGAUGAAGGCUGGCAGGGAACUGAAGUUGGGUAAGAAGUAUGAGAGUGUGUGCUCGGACUGCACGCGCCUGCUCAUGGUCCACAACAUGACUCAAGAGGACGUGGGCACCUACGAGUGCGUCUGCGAUGGAGACCGAAUGUCCAUUCAGCUUGCUCUUAAAGCAGAGGAACCAAGCAAGUUAGUGAACCAGCUCAAGGGCGGCAGCACGGUUAAAUCCCAGCUCUUGGGGGAUCUGGAGCUCAGCUGUGAGGUGCCGUCUCCUGCCAGUGUAGUGGUCUGGAAGAAGGAUCAGGUGGAGUUGAAGGAGGACCAGAGAACCACCUUCAUAUCACAGGGAACAAUGCGCAAGCUUCGGAUAAAGCGGGUCAACAAGGAUGAUGAGGGCUUGUACACCUGCGAGUCCACAGGUGGCAAAAUGUCAUUCAACGUCAAGGUUAAGGAAGCAAAGUCAAUGCUUUUGAAGAAGGCGAUGACAAAGACCGAGUUCUCCUCAUCUUGUGGAGAGACUGUGGUCUUGUCCUGUGAUGUGAACCAGGCUAGUGCUAAGGGGAAGUGGCUCAAGAUGGGACAGGAAGUGAAGCUAGGCACAGACGCUGUAGCUGAAGCAGAAGGAACAACCAGAAAGCUGAUUCUGAAGAACACAAAACUUGAGGAUGCUGGCGCAUACUCGUAUAAACUCCCAGAUGAUGAGAUAGUUUUCAAUGUGAACAUCAAAGAAACCAAGCCUGUGUUUGCAAACACGGAUUCUGUACAAAAGGUGGUAAAAGCCAUUCUCUCUGAGAAAGCCACUCUGAGCUGUGAGGUGUCCGAUGCUCAGACUGAGGUAAAAUGGUACAAGGAGGGCAAACUUCUGAGCUCAAGUAGGAAGAUCCAUGUGGAGUCAAAGGGCAAGAGCCGCCAGCUGGUGUUUGACAGCGUGGAGAAGAAGGAUGCUGGGGAGUACACCUGUGAGGCUGGAGCAGAGAAGCUGGUCUUUAAGGUUCAGGUGGAAGAAAUCAAGGCUGCAUUUGCAAACACUGAGUCUAUACAAAAGGUGGUAAAAGCCAUUCUCUCUGAGAAAGCCACACUGAGCUGUGAGGUGUCCGAUGCUCAGACUGAGGUGAAAUGGUACAAGGAGGGCAAACUGCUGAGCUCAAGCAGGAAGAUCCAUGUGGAGUCAAAGGGCAAGAGCCGCCAGCUGGUGUUUGACAGUGUGGAGAAGAAGGAUGCUGGGGAGUACACCUGUGAGGUUGGAGCAGAGAAGCUGGUCUUUAAGGUUCAGGUGGAAGAAACCAAGCCUGUGUUUGCAAACACGGAUUCUGUACAAAAGGUGGUAAAAGCAAUUCUCUCUGAAAAAGCCACACUGAGUUGUGAGGUAUCUGAUGCUCAGACUGAGGUGAAAUGGUACAAGGAGGGCAAACUUCUGAGCUCAAGCAGGAAGAUCCAUGUGGAGUCAAAGGGCAAGAGCCGCCAGCUGGUGUUUGACAGCGUGGAGAAGAAGGAUGCUGGGGAGUACAUCUGUGAGGCUGGAGCAGAGAAGCUGGUCUUUAAGGUUCAGGUGGAAGAAACCAAGCCUGUGUUUGCAAACACGGAUUCUGUACAAAAGCUGGUAAAAGCCGUUCUCUCUGAGAAAGCCACUCUGAGUUGUGAGAUGUCUGAUGCUCAGACUGAGGUGAAAUGGUACAAGGAGGGCAAACUGCUGAGCUCAAGCAGGAAGAUCCAUGUGGAGUCAAAGGGCAAGAGCCGCCAGCUGGUGUUUGACAGCGUGGAGAAGAAGGAUGCUGGGGAGUACACCUGUGAAGUGGGAGCAGAGAAGCUGGUCUUUAAGGUUCAGGUGGAAGAAACCAAGCCUGUGUUUGCAAACACGGAUUCUGUACAAAAGCUGGUAACAGCCAUUCUCUCUGAGAAAGCCACUCUGAGCUGUGAGGUAUCUGAUGCUCAGACUGAGGUGAAAUGGUACAAGGAGGGCAAACUUCUGAGCUCAAGCAGGAAGAUCCAUGUGGAGUCAAAGGGCAAGAGCCGCCAGCUGGUGUUUGACAGCGUGGAGAAAAAGGAUGCUGGGGAGUACACCUGUGAAGUGGGAGCAGAGAAGCUGGUCUAUAAGGUUCAGGUGGAAGAAACCAAGCCUGUGUUUGCAAACACGGAUUCUGUACAAAAGCUGGUAACAGCCAUUCUCUCUGAGAAAGCCACUCUGAGCUGUGAGGUAUCUGAUGCUCAGACUGAGGUGAAAUGGUACAAGGAGGGCAAACUUCUGAGCUCAAGCAGGAAGAUCCAUGUGGAGUCAAAGGGCAAGAGCCGCCAGCUGGUGUUUGACAGCGUGGAGAAAAAGGAUGCUGGGGAGUACACCUGUGAAGUGGGAGCAGAGAAGCUGGUCUAUAAGGUUCAGGUGGAAGAAACCAAGCCUGUGUUUGCAAACACGGAUUCUGUACAAAAGCUGGUAACAGCCAUUCUCUCUGAGAAAGCCACUCUGAGCUGUGAGGUAUCUGAUGCUCAGACUGAGGUGAAAUGGUACAAGGAGGGCAAACUUCUGAGCUCAAGCAGGAAGAUCCAUGUGGAGUCAAAGGGCAAGAGCCGCCAGCUGGUGUUUGACAGCGUGGAGAAAAAGGAUGCUGGGGAGUACACCUGUGAAGUGGGAGCAGAGAAGCUGGUCUAUAAGGUUCAGGUGGAAGAAACCAAGCCUGUGUUUGCAAACACGGAUUCUGUACAAAAGCUGGUAACAGCCAUUCUCUCUGAGAAAGCCACUCUGAGCUGUGAGGUAUCUGAUGCUCAGACUGAGGUGAAAUGGUACAAGGAGGGCAAACUUCUGAGCUCAAGCAGGAAGAUCCAUGUGGAGUCAAAGGGCAAGAGCCGCCAGCUGGUGUUUGACAGCGUGGAGAAGAAGGAUGCUGGGGAGUACACCUGUGAAGUGGGAGCAGAGAAGCUGGUCUUUAAGGUUCAGGUAGCAGAAAUCAAGCCUGCAUUUGCAAACAAGGAGUCUGUACAGAAGGAGGUAAAAGCCAUUCUCUCUGAGAAAGCCACUCUGAGCUGUGAGGUGUCUGACACUCAGACUGAGGUGAAAUGGUACAAGGAGGGCAAACUGCUGAGCUCAAGCAGGAAGAUCCAUGUGGAGUCAAAGGGCAAGAGCCGCCAGCUGGUGUUUGACAGCGUGGAGAAGAAGGAUGCUGGGGAGUACACCUGUGAGGCUGGAGCAGAGAAGCUGGUCUUUAAGAUUCAAGUGGAAGAACGCCCGGCUGCAUUUGCAAACAAGGAUUCUGUACAGAAGGAGGUAAAAGCCGUUCUCUCUGAGAAAGCCUCACUGAGCUGUGAGGUAUCUGAUGCUCAGACUGAGGUAAAAUGGUACAAGGAGGGCAAACUGCUGAGCUCAAGCAGGAAGAUCCAUGUGGAGUCAAAGGGCAAGAGCCGCCAGCUGGUGUUUGACAGUGUUGAGAAGAUGGACGCUGGGGAGUACACCUGUGAGGUUGGAGCAGAGAAGCUGGUCUUUAAGAUUCAGGUGGAAGAAUCCAGUAAAUUCCAGAAGAAGUCUGCCAUGCAGGACACAGUGAUGGUUCAGGAGAGUGAGAAUAUUAUCCUGGCCACAGAGCUGGUGUCAGAGAGCAUUGCAGUAAGAUGGUUCAGGGAUGGUGUGGAGCUGAAGGAAAGCAAUCAGUAUGAAACAAAGAAGGAGGGUCUGUCUUGCACCCUAGUGGUGAAGUCUGCUGAAGUUAAAGACAGUGGUACCUACUCCUGCCAGACGGUUGACGACAAGCUUGAAUUCAAUGUUCAGGUCAAAGAGCGUCCCUUGAAGUUCUUGGUGAAGCUGGAGCCGGUAACUGUAGAGCUGGGUGGCACCCUGACUCUCACCUGUGAGCUGAACCGGGCCAAAGGGGAUGUGUUGUGGCGCCACAGCGGCACUGAGGUCAAGCCCAGCCUCAAGUUCCGCAUCAGCACAGAUGGUGCCAAGCGGGUCCUGACCGUGACAGGGGUGGCCAAGGAAGACGAGGGCGACUACAUCUGCGAGUGCAGGGAUGACAAGACCUCUGCCAAGGUCUCCACUAAAGCUCCUCGGCUUGUGAGGUUCACAGGCAAGCUUAACAACGUAGCAGCGAUGGAAGGGAAGGACGCUAUCUUCAAGUGCAGUGUGUCCCCGGCUGAUGUGAAGGUGAAGUGGCUCCGCAAUGGCAUGGCUGUCUCCACUGGGCCAAAGUUCAAGAUCACACAGGAUGGGGCCAGCCACUCACUCACCAUUACCUCUGUCAGCCUGGAGGAUGCCUGCGAAAUCAGCGCUGAUGCCGAGGGAAAAACCUCCAAAGCCAAUCUUCAAGUGCAGCAGGUGCCUGUGACCUUCAGCAAGAAGCUGGAGAACAGCACGGCACAGGAGCAGCAGGACGUGCGAAUGGAGGUGGAGCUCAGCAAGCCCUCAGCUGAGGUCAAGUGGAUGAAGAACAGCGUGGUAGUGCAGCCUGGUGGGAACAUGGAGAUCAUUGUUGAUGGGGCCCGGCAGACCCUUGUCCUGAAAAAAGUUACUUAUGCUGACCGCGGGUACUACUCUUGCGAGACUCUGGAUGACAAGACCCAAGCCAAGCUUACAGUGGAAAUGAAGAAAAUCCUGGUUGUGAAGGGGCUUCAGGAGGUGAAGGCACAUGAGAAGGACACAGUGACUUUUGAGGUGGAGUUGAACCAUCCUGAUGUUGAGGGCUUCUGGACCAACGAUGGAAUCAAGCUGAAAGCAGGGUCAAGUUGCCGCAUGACCACACGGGGCAAGAAGCAUGCCCUCACCCUGUCCAACCUCAAGAUGGAGGACGCGGGGAUGAUCGUUUUCCAGGCUGAAGGGGUGCACACCUCCGGCAGACUCACUGUCACAGAGCCUGCAGUGAAGUUCACCAAACAGUUGGAGGAUAUCAAUUCCCCGGAGAAGGAAAAGGUCACUUUAGAGUGUGAGGUCUCCCGAGCCAAUGCAGAGGUCAAGUGGUUCAAGGAUGACGUUGAGCUGAAGCCAGGGAAGAAGCUUGGCAUUCACUCACAAGGCCUCAAGCGCAGCCUGCUGAUCCACAAGUGUGCUUACGAAGACCAAGGACUGUACCUCUGCAAUGCCACAGAUGACAAGACCUCAGCCAAGCUCAAAGUCCAUGCCCGAGACAUUCAAGUCGUGAAGAAGCUUGAGGACGUGGAGGUGAUGGAGAAGGAGACUGCAGCGUUUGUGUGUGAGAUCUCCCACGAUGAGGUGGAGGGCCAGUGGCACAAGAACAACAGCAAAAUUAAAGUUGGAGAUAACAUCAAGAUGAGACAAGAGGGUAGAACCUAUGUGCUACUGUUUAAGUCUGUGACAGUUGAAGAUGCUGCUGAAAUCAAAUUCACAGCAGAAAAGGCUGAAUCAACAGCUAAGUUGAAGGUUAAAGAGCUGCCUGUGCGGAUUGUCAAGAAGCUCCGGGACAAGAUCGCCAUGUAUAAGCACCGUGGCCACCUGGAGUGCCAAGUGUCUCGGCCCAGCGCCAAGGUCAAGUGGUACAAGAACAAGAAGGAGCUGAAACCCAGCACGAAGCACGAGAUCUCAAGCGAAGGCAUCUACAGGAAGCUAACCAUCAACAAUGUGGACUCUGCUGAUGAGGACACCUACACCUGUGAUGCCGGCGAUGACCAGACCUCCUGCAAACUGCUCGUGGAGGAGCAAGCCAUUAGCAUUGUGCGACAGCUGAGUGCGGUGGAGGUGACGGAGCCUGCCUCAGCGCGCUUUGAGGUGGAGAUCAGCAUAGCAGCAGUGAAGCCGCCCAAGUGGACUCUGAGCGGAGAGCCACUCACGAGCGGCGCAAACGUGGAAAUAGACCACGAGGGCGCGGUGCACACCCUGACCCUCAAGAAGACCAAGCCUGCCAUGUCCGGCCCCGUGCAGUUCACGGCUGGGAAGAGCAAGUCUGUGGCCCAACUCACUGUGAAAGAGCGCCCCCUGGAGGUUGUACAUCCAUUAAAAGAUACAACAUCUAAGGAGAAAGAGUCAGUCACUCUCAGCUGCAAGUUUUCAGCCCCACCAAAGGAGGUAUGCUGGUUCAAAAGUGAAACGGCCCUGGAGAGCUCUGGCAAGUACAGCAUGAAGCAGGACCAGAGCCGCAUGGAGCUGACCAUCCACAACCUGUCCGGAGGGGAUUCCGGGGAAUACCGCUGUGUGGUCGGAGCCUCAGAGAGCAAGGCUACUCUCACUGUGCAAGUCCGGGAUGUGAAGUUCACCAAGCACCUGCAGGACCUAGAGGUGGAGGAGGACUCUGAUGCCACGCUCACCUGUGAGGCAAACUAUGCUGACGAGGAGGUGCAGUGGCUGCUGAACGGAACGCCGCUCUGUACCAACGACGUCAACGAGAUUCGACACGUAGGCAAGGCCCACACCCUCACCCUCAAAAACCUGGCUCCCCACGAUGGAGGGACCAUCACCGUCACUGUUCGGGAAAUCAGCGAAUCUGCCACCCUCAAGGUCAAAGAGAAGCUGGCAGUGUUUCUGAAGUCCCUGGACGAUGUGGUGGGAGAGGAGAAGGGGACAGUCACCUUGAAGUGUGAGGCAUCCAAGCCUAGAGUCUCCCCAGUGUGGAAGAAAGAUGGUGUGGUCCUGGCAGCCAGUGACAAGUACGAGCUGCUGCACUCUGGGAAGUCUCUGGGACUGACCAUUCAUGACCUCACCCAGGAUGACGCGGGAGAGUACACAUGCGAUCUCGGCACCGAUCUGGCCAAGUCCAAAGUCACUGUGCAAGACUUGACCAUUGGCAUCACCAAACGUCUGAAAACGGCAGAAGUGAGGGAGGGUGAGCCCUGCAGCUUUGAGUGCAUCCUGUCCCGUGAGAGCACAGAGGAGUGCUCCUGGACUGUGAAUGGUCAGAAUGUGGUCAACGGCGGCCGCUUCCAGGUUUCCAGCAAGGGUCGCAAAUACACACUGAAUAUUCAAGACGUGUCCGCCAGCGACGUUGGGGAGAUAGUCUUCACCAUCAAGAACCUGACCUCCAAGACAACGCUGUCUGUCAAAGGGAAGGCCGUCAAAGUGAGCAGGGAGCUGCAGGACACGUGUGUGGCCCCAGGAGAGGACGCCGAGUUCACCUGUGAGGUCACGCAGCCCGGGGCCCCCAUCAAGUGGUCCAAAGACGGGAAGGCCAUCCGAAGGAGCAAUAAGUAUGACAUCAGCCAGGACGGCUGCCUCGCCAAGCUGCUCAUCCACAGCACCACCACCAGGGACUCUGGGGAGUACUCCUGCGAGGUGGACAGUGCAGCCAGCACUAGGGCCAAACUGGAAGUCAAAGAGCUGGACCUGCACUUCAGCAAGCCGCUGCAGGAUGCCGAGGCAGAGGAGAAAGGCACGGUUACGCUGGAGUGCGAGACGGCCAGCCCCGCCGCCAGGGUUACCUGGCUGAAGGGGAUGGCGGAGCUGCGAGCGGGCGAGAGGUAUGAGAUGAAGAAGCAGGGCACCCUCCUCUCCCUCACCAUCAAGGAGCUGCAGAAAAGUGACAGUGACGCCUACUGCUGCGACGUGGGGACCGCCCAGAGCAGGGCCAGGCUGACGGUGCAAGAAAGACCCAUCUCUAUUACCAAAGAGCUGAAGGACUGUGAGGCUAAAGAAGGAGAGGACUUGGUCCUGUCGUGUCAGACCUCAAAGAGCUGCGAUGUCCAGUGGUACAAGGAUGGGAUCUUGAUACAGGACACCUCCAAGCGCCAGACCAUUCGAUCGGACACCAAGGCUACACUGACCAUCCGCGGGGUGGGGGAGAGGGAUGCGGGCACGUACAAGUGUGAAGCCGGAGGAGCCAAAACCGAGGCCCGGGUAACCGUGAAGGCUCUUCCGGCUGAGUUUGUACAAAAGCUGAAGAACCAGCAGGCCACAGAGGGAGGAAGUAUUACCCUGUGCUGUGAGUUCUCCAAACCUCAAGCACAGGCACAGUGGAAGAAGGGAGCCCAUGUGUUAACAUCUGGAGACAGAUACAACAUAAAGCAGAGUGAUAAAACCUUUGAGCUGAAGAUCAGCAGAGUGAAGCCAGAAGACUCUGGAGACUACAGCUGUGAAUGUGAAGACCAAAAGACUAUAGCAAACAUCAUCGUCGAUGCGGUCCCUGUCACCUUCAAGAAAGAGCUGAAGAACCAGGAGGGUGAGGAGGGGACCAGUGUAACCCUGCACUGUGAGCUCUCUAAACCUGGAGCCUCAGUGGAGUGGAGGAAGGGAAGAGAGGUGCUGAAGUCGGGAGACAAAUAUAAGAUGAAGCAGAAGGACUCUUCCGUAGAGAUGAAGAUCUGCAAUCUGAAAACUGAAGACUCUGGAGACUACAGCUGUAGCUGUGGAGACCGCAGGACUACAGCCAGUGUCAGUGUCAAGGCAUUGCCCAUCACAUUCAUUCGAGAGCUGAAAAACCAGGAGUGUGAUGAGGAGGGUAGCGUAACCCUGCACUGUGAGCUCUCUAAACCUGGAGCCUCCGUGGAGUGGAGGAAGGGAAGAGAGGUGCUGAAGUCUGGAGACAAAUAUAAGAUGAAGCAGAAGGACUCUUCUGUAGAGAUGAAGAUCUGCAAUCUGAAAACUGAAGACUCUGGAGACUACAGUUGUACCUGUGGAGACCGCAGGACUACAGCCAGCAUCAGUGUCAAGGCAUUGCCCAUCACAUUCACACGAGAGCUGAAAAACCAGGAGUGUGAUGAGGAGGGUAGCGUAACCCUGCACUGUGAGCUCUCUAAACCUGGAGCCUCAGUGGAGUGGAGGAAGGGAAGAGAGGUUCUGAAGUCUGGAGACAAAUACAAGAUGAAGCAGAAGGACUCUUCUGUAGAGAUGAAGAUCUGCAAUCUGAAAACUGAAGACUCUGGAGACUACAGCUGUAGCUGUGGAGACCGCAGGACUACAGCCAGUGUCAGUGUCAAGGCAUUGCCCAUCACAUUCAUUCGAGAGCUGAAAAACCAGGAGUGUGAUGAGGAGGGUAGCGUAACCCUGCACUGUGAGCUCUCUAAACCUGGAGCCUCCGUGGAGUGGAGGAAGGGAAGAGAGGUGCUGAAGUCUGGAGACAAAUAUAAGAUGAAGCAGAAGGACUCUUCUGUAGAGAUGAAGAUCUGCAAUCUGAAAACUGAAGACUCUGGAGACUACAGCUGUAGCUGUGGAGACCGCAGGACUACAGCCAGUGUCAGUGUCAAGGCAUUGCCCAUCACAUUCAUUCGAGAGCUGAAAAACCAGGAGUGUGAUGAGGAGGGUAGCGUAACCCUGCACUGUGAGCUCUCUAAACCUGUAGCCUCAGUGGAGUGGAGGAAGGGAAGAGAGGUGCUGAAGUCUGGAGACAAAUAUAAGAUGAAGCAGAAGGACUCUUCUUUAGAACUGAAGAUCUGCAAUCUGAAGCCUGAAGACUCUGGAGACUACACCUGUGCCUGUGGAGACCGCAGGACUACAGCCAGUGUCAGUGUCAAGGCAUUGCCCAUCACAUUCACUCGAGAGCUGAAAAACCAGGAGUGUGAUGAGGAGGGUAGCGUAACCCUGCACUGUGAGCUCUCUAAACCUGGAGCCUCAGUGGAGUGGAGGAAGGGAAGAGAGGUUCUGAAGUCUGGAGACAAAUAUAAGAUGAAGCAGAAGGACUCUUCUGUAGAGCUGAAGAUCUGCAAUCUGAAAACUGAAGACUCUGGAGACUACAGUUGUAGCUGUGGAGACUGCAGGACUACAGCCAGCGUCAGUGUCAAGGCAUUGCCCAUCACAUUCAUUCGAGAGCUGAAAAACCAGGAGUGUGAUGAGGAGGGUAGCGUAACCCUGCACUGUGAGCUCUCUAAACCUGGAGCCUCAGUGGAGUGGAGGAAGGGAAGAGAGGUGCUGAAGUCUGGAGACAAAUAUAAGAUGAAGCAGAAGGACUCUUCUGUAGAGCUGAAGAUCUGCAAUCUGAAGCCUGAAGACUCUGGAGACUACACCUGUGCCUGUGGAGACCGCAGGACUACAGCCAGUGUCAGUGUCAAGGCCACUGAAAUAGCUGCCGUUCCAGUCACUUCUGAACAAAAAGUGAGUCUGCCGUCCAGAGAUGAUGGACAGGUUGAAGAGGCCCCAGUUCUUCCAGUUACAUCCAUUGAAAAACGUGAAGAGAAGGAUACCACACAGGCUGGAGAUGCCCAUGCUGCUGAGGUUGUUCCAGUCCCAUCUCAACAAGAGGCCCAGAGUCUGGAGUCUAAAGAUGAGGGACAGGUUGAUGCCCCUGAGCCAGUUCUCCCAGAGCUUGAGACCAAACCGAAGGACCAACCUGAUGCUGCUGAGGUUGUUCCAGUCCCAUCUCAACAAGAGGUCCAGAGUCUGGAGUCUAAAGAUGAGGGACAGGUCGAUGCCUCUGAGCCAGUUCUCCCAGAGCUUGAGACCAAACCGAAGGACCAACCUGAUGCUGCUGAGGUUGUUCCAGUCCCAUCUCAACAAGAGGUCCAGAGUCUGGAGUCUAAAGAUGAGGGACAGGUUGAUGCUGCUGAGGUUGUUCCAGUCCCAUCUCAACAAGAGGUCCAGAGUCUGGAGUCUAAAGAUGAGGGACAGGUUGAUGCCCCUGAGCCAGUUCUCCCAGAGCUUGAGACCAAACCGAAGGACCAACCUGAUGCUGCUGAGGUUGUUCCAGUCCCAUCUCAACAAGAGGUCCAGAGUCUGGAGACUAAAGAUGAGGGACAGGUUGAUGCCCCUGAGCCAGUUCUCCCAGAGCUUGAGACCAAACCGAAGGACCAACCUGAUGCUGCUGAGGUUGUUCCAGUCCCAUCUCAACAAGAGGUCCAGAGUCUGGAGACUAAAGAUGAGGGACAGGUUGAUGCCCCUGAGCCAGUUCUCCCAGAGCUUGAGACCAAACCGAAGGACCAACCUGAUGCUGCUGAGGUUGUUCCAGUCCCAUCUCAACAAGAGGUCCAGAGUCUGGAGUCUAAAGAUGAGGGACAGGUUGAUGCCCCUGAGCCAGUUCUCCCAGAGCUUGAGACCAAACCGAAGGACCAACCUGAUGCCAUCCCAGUGACUUUCAUAAAAGAGCUGCAGGACCAGGAGUGCGAGGAGGGGGGCAGCGUAACACUGAGGGCUGAGCUCUCUAAACCUGGAGCACCAGUAGAGUGGAGGAAGAGGGGUGUGGUCCUACAGUCCGGAGACAAAUACCAAAUCAGGCAGGACGGAACAGUGGUGGAGCUGUUAGUCCUCAAUCUGAAGAUGGAGGAUAUGGGCGACUAUAUCUGUGAUGCUGGGGAGAAUGUAAACGUCGCGUCUCUGAUGGUCAACGCUCUCCCCGUCAUGUUCAAACAAGAGCUGCGGGACCAAGAGGCCAAAGAAGGUGGCAGCAUCACCCUGAGCUGUCAGCUCUCUAAGCCUGAAGCCCCAUUAGAGUGGAGGAAGGGGGGUAUGGACUUAUGUCCCUGUGCCAAGUACGAAAUGAGCCGAGAGGGCUGCAGGGCCCAGUUAGUUAUCCACAGUGUAGAUCCAGAGGACUCUGGUGACUACACGUGUGAUGCUGGAGACCGGCAGAGCACUGCUCACCUCACCGUAAAGGCCCUGCCCGUAUUUUUCAGUACCCAGCUGGAAAGCCUGGAGCUAGAGGCUGGGGACACUGCCACAUUCCGCUGCGAGGUCACCAAACCCGGCGCCAUGGUGACCUGGAAGAAGGGAGACAGGGUCUUGGAGUCCAGUGAUAAGUACCAAGUAAAGCAGGAGGGUGCUGUUGUGGAGCUGGUCAUCUACAAACUGCAUGGUGCAGACUCCGGGGAGUACACCUGUGACACUGGAGACCAGAAGAGCCCCGCUGUGCUCAUUGUGCAGGAGCGGGAAGUGGUCAUCAUCAAAGGUCUAAAGAACCUUGCGGUACACGAGGAGGAUGAUGCACUGUUUGAGUGCCACCUCUCCCACGACAACGCACCUCAGGUCCAGUGGAUGCUACAGGGCGUACCGCUUCAGAGCAACGAGAUGAAUGAUAUUGGGGUUGUGGGCCGGGUACACACCCUAAUCCUUCGGAGUGUCACUCAGCAAGACUCUGGCACCGUGGCCUUCAGCGUUGGACCCCACACCUCAUCUGCUGAGCUCAUGGUGAGAGCUGCCAGUGUGCUCUUUACCAGCGUGCUCCAGAACCAGGAAGCUGAGGAAGGGGACACUGUCACUCUCCACUACGAGCUCCCCAUGCCCGGAGCUACAGUGGAGUGGAGGAAGGGCGACGUUGCCCUGACCCUCGGGCCCAAGUUUCAAAUGAAUGUGGAGGGCUCACAGGCCAAGCUAGUCGUCAAUAGCCUGACUCUACAGGACUCAGGAGAUUACACUUGCUACACAGGAGACCAGCAGGCCACUGCCUCUGUCAUGGUCAAAGCGGCCCCUGUGCUGUUCGAUAAUUACCUGGAGAGCCAAGAGGCCAACGAAGGGGAAGACGCCUAUCUUCGCUGCGCAAUCUCCAAUCCUACUGCCACCGUCACCUGGAGAAAGGGCUCGGUUGUGCUCUCCCGGGGGGUGAAGUACUCCAUGCAGGAGAAGGGCACCGAGCGCAUCCUGGUCAUCCACAAGCUGAAGCCAGAGGACGCCGGCGAGUACACCUGUGAUGCGGGGAAGAGCACGAGCACCGCCACCCUCACUGUGAAAGAGCAUGUGCGGAUCACGGUGGGACUUCGAGACAUGACUGUCACAACCGGGGAGGAUGCUUGCUUCGAGUGCACUUUGUCCCACCUGGGGGUGACAGAGGGAGAGUGGUGGCUCGACUCCAACAACCUGCAGAACAACGACCUGAACCAGAUGAGCUGUGAGGGCUACCAGCAGCGGCUGGUGCUGAAGAUGGUCACGCCGGAUGAGUCGGGCACUGUGGCCUACGUGGUGGGCGGGGAGACGUCCACCGCCCAACUACUGGUGCAGGAGAAGCCAGAGCCCCCCACCUCCUUCCUGCAGGAGCUGGAGAAUCAACAGGCGGAGGAAGGGGACAGCAUCGCCCUGCGCUGCGAGAUCUCCAGGACUGGAGCCUCGGUGGAGUGGAGGAAGGGGGGUGUGGUGCUGCAGCCCAGCAGGAAGUACGAGAUGAGGCAGGAAGGCUCUGUCCUGGAGCUGUGCAUCCACGACUUGGAGAGCGAGGACAACGGCUACUACACCUGCGAUGUAGGGGACCAGCUGACCACAGCAUCGGUCACAGUGCAAGAGCGAGAGGCACAGAUAGUGUGCGCAUUAAAGAACACGGACGUCUUUGUCGGGGAGAGGGCCGAGUUCUCCUGCCAGCUGUCCCGCAGGCCCACUCGGCCAGUGCAGUGGCGGCUGGACGGCACCGUACUACGGCAGAGCAGCUUCAGUGAUAUCGGGCAAGGCCUGGCCAACGUGCACACGCUCGUCCUAAAGAACCUGGCCUCCAACGACUCGGGAACCGUCACUUUCAAAGUCGGGAGCCUGGUGUCCACCGCCAAGCUGUUAGUCAAAGAUCCCACAGUAGAAGUGGUCAGCGCCAUGGAGGACCUGAGAGUGGUGGAGGACCAGCCGGCUGAGUUCAUCUGCCAGUACUCGCGGCCGGUCAAGGCAGUGUGGAAGAGGGACGGGCUCCCGCUGCAGCCUGAUGGCCAGCGGGUGCUGGUGGAGCAGGACUGGAACGUGGCCCGGCUGCACAUCAGCCGCGUGUCCGCGCAGGACAGUGGACAGUACUCCUGCGAGGCAGAGGGGACCUGUGUGGUGGCCCUCUUGGAGGUGCAAGCCAAGCCCAUCGACAUUGUCCAGGGUCUGGAGAACAUGGAAACCUUCGAUGGUGGGGAAGCUCUGUUCGAGUGCUCACUGUCCCGGCCUGAGAACCAGAACUUCCGCUGGCUUGUCGAUGACAAGCCAGUGAAGGAAUCACCAAGCAGGGAGAUCGUCUCCUUUGAGAGUGGCCGGCGACACCUCCUGCUGCUCAAGGAUCUGCACGCUGGAGACAACUGCAGGGUCACCUUCAUGGCCGGCGACGCCGUAUCCUCCGCCUUCCUGACAGUCAAAGGCUGGCAGCUCAAUGUCGUGAAGCACCUUGAGGAUAAGCAGGCAGCUGUGGGAGAGCAGGUGGAGUUCAGCUGUGCCCUAAGCGAGGCGGUGCCAAUCAACGAGGUUGCCUGGUACGCCAAUGGCACAGAGCUCCGCCCAGAUGACAUCUGGGACAUGCAGGCAGACAAACGCAUUUACCGCCUCAUCCUGAAGGAGGCCAGAGCCCAGCCCCCUCUGGAGAUCACUUUUGCCGCGCGUGACGCCAUCUCCAUAGCCAAGCUCACAGUCAUUGCUCUCCCUGACCCCCCUGAAGACCCGGAGGUGGUGAGUAGGAGCGAGCAAUCUGUGACGCUGUCCUGGUACACGCCCCUGAGCGAUGGGGGCAGCCCCAUCCUGGGGUACAAGGUGGAGAUGCGGCUGGCCGACAGCGCCCUCUGGCUGCCGUGUCACACAGAGCCUGUCUGCAGCACCGAGUUUGUGGUGGACAACCUCAUCCCUGGCACGGGGUACAGGUUUCGGGUGGCGGCCCAGAACCUGGCCGGUAUAGGGGAGCCUGUGCAACUGCCUGAUACUGUGCAGCUAGAAGUCCCAGUGACGGUAACUGAACAGCUGUCCAGCCCACCACCAGAGGUGGGCAAGCCGGCCCGCAUGGAGUGCCAGCUCUCCAGGGAGGACAGUUUGGUCACCUGGCUUAAGGACAGCCACGAGCUCGAUUUGGGGACGAAGUACCAGGCUCUCACAGAGGGGAUGAAACAGGUGCUGCUGAUCUCAGAGUUCCAGCCCAGCGACCAGGGCGUUUACACGUGCGUGGCCUCUGAUGAGGCAGAGACCUCGGUCAACUACUACCUGGAAGGAGCAGAUGUAUCUCAGAUAGUGGAGGAGGAGGGUGGCCAGCCCAGCCUGCCCCCAGAAGCUGCCAAAGAGGGAGAUUUGCACCUGCUGUGGGAGGCGCUGGCUACGAAACGCCGCAUGAGCCGUGAGCCCACACUGGACUCCAUCUCUGAGCUGCCAGAGGAGGACGGAAAGGAGUCAAAGGAGAGUGAGAAAGUGGAUAAGGAAGUGCAGAAGGUGGAGGUGAAGGAGAAAGCGAAGCCCGCUGAGCCUCUACCAAAGAAAGAGGUGGAGCCUAACUUGUACACCAGCUCAGAUGAUGAGGCCCCCUCCUUGGUGUCUUACCUCAAGAAGAGCAGCAAGUCCUCCAUCAGCGUCACUAGUGUUCAAGUCCAGACUACCUCCGCCGAGAAAAAGCUUUACCAGCUCUUCCAGAUGACGGAGGAAGUGCAGCAGACCCCAGCCAAACCCCCAGCUGAGGCCCCAGCUAAGCCCCCAGCCGAGGCCCCAGUCAAACCCCCAACCAAACCCCUGGCUGAGCCCCCAGUUAAACCCCCGGCUGAGCUCCCAGUUAAACCCGUGGCUGAGCCCCCAGUUAAACCCGUGGCUGUGCCCCCAGUUAAACCCGUGGCUGAGCCCCCAGUCGAGCCCCCAGCUAAGGAUGAAGACACAGAGAUGCUGGAUGCAGCUGUCAAGAUCCAGGCGGCCUUCAAGGGGUACAAAGCCCGUAAGGACAUGCGCCCCACCUUCAAGGACGUCUUCAAGGACCAGACCGCGGAGCCCGGUGGCACCAUCCACCUUGAGUGUGUGGCAGUGGGAAAGCCAGACAAAGUCCGCUGGCUGAAGGACGGCGUGGCUCUGGCGGACGGCAAGCACCACCACAUAGACAUCUACAAUGAUGGUACCUGCUCCCUGGUCAUCACCGGCAUCACCACUAAGGACACGGGUGCCUACACCUGCGAGGUGACCAACAAGUUUGGAGUGGUCACACACAGCGGAAAGGUGACAGUGGGUAGCCUGAGGGAGUCGUCUGGGCGGCGCCCGCUGCAGCUGCCCUACGGCUACAGCGCCGACAGCGAGCCGGAGAGCUCGUCGGGCAGCGAGAUGGAUGACUCCCUGCGGCAGGCCAGCAAGCGUCUGCGACGGCUGCUGCGCAACCGCCUGCCGCCGGACGUGGAGGAGGAGCCUUUUGUGAGCGCCGACGAGGGCGAGCUGGCGCCCCCGGACCCACAUUCGUACCGCGAGGACGACAACUACAUCUACAUUCGCUUUGAGGCCCUGUCAGAGGCCCAGACAGCUUCUCAACGCUUCCAGGAGAUGUUCACCGCGCAGGGGGUCCCCAUUGAGACCACCAUCCUGGAGGGGGGGCCACGCAAGUUGGAGCUGCGCAUCAUGAAGAUGGCCUACUCUCAGGAUGGAGCUGAGACGCCCACACAGGAGAAACAGCAGUCCGCCUUAAUGAUCGCGGCCCCGGUCUUCCUGACCGAGCUGCACAGCCAGGAUGUGCCCGACGGCUACCCGGUUAGCUUUGACUGCGUCGUCAUCGGCAAGCCACCGCCCACCGUGCGCUGGUUCAAAGACGGCAAGCUGCUGGAGGAGAACGACCACUACAUGAUCAACGAGGACCAAGAGGGCUGCCACCAGCUCAUCAUCACAUCCGUGCUGCCCUCCGACAUGGGCGUGUACCGCUGCAUGGCUGAGAACGGCAGCGGCAUCGCAUCUACCAAGGCCGAGCUCAGGGUCGAUGUGUCCUGCAGCUCUGACUAUGAUACCGCUGCUGAUGCAACAGAGACCUCCUCUUACAUCAGUGCCAAGGGCUACAUAUCCAGGGAAACGGAGGCUUUUGAGUCUGUGACAGAGGAGGAGCAACUUCCCCAGGUGGUUGACGAGCUGCGUGACGUUCACGUCAGCCCUGGUGCACCCAUUGCCAAGAUGCAAGUCAAGGUCAAAGGGUUCCCUCGACCCAGGGUGUACUGGUUCAAGGACGGGCAGCCCCUUCGGCCCUCGGACCGCAUUCUGGUAUCAGAGGAGAAGGGUCUGCACAGCCUAGAGAUUUUGGAAGUAACGCGGGAAGACUCCGGGGAGUACUCCUCCUACAUCAGCAAUGCUGCUGGUUCCGCCUACUCCUCCGCCAGACUGCUCGUACUGGGUCCUGGAGAGGUCUCUGAUGAUGCCGGGAAAAUCAAAGGAGCAAAGGAAACGCUGGUCCCCCCACGCUUUCUGGAGAGAUUCCCCAACAGGAAAGUGAAAAAGGGCGCCAGCAUCACCUUGUCUGUCAAAGUUGAAGGCUCCCCAGUGCCCCUCAUCACCUGGCUGAAGGAGGAGUCUGCUGAGGACGUGCUGUGGAUCAAGCCUGACACGCCCGGCUACAAGGUGGCCGGCUCCGACCGGCAGCACAGCCUCAUCCUGAUGGACGUGGGCACACAGCACACAGGCACAUAUACCUGCAUCGCUACAAACAGGGCCGGCCAGUCCAUCUGCUCUGCCCACCUAGAGGUGGACGAUGUGGCUCAAGUGGAGGUCCAUGUAGAGGAACACAAGCCCAAGCCCCUACAGGAGGCUCUUGGGAUCACUAUCAGUCCUCCUGAAGAUGAGGGCAGAGUUCAGGGCGAGGGCAAGUCACCGAGUGCCUUUUUGGGCCAAGUGGGUACAGAAGAGUUCCUGAUGAAACUCACCUCCCAGAUCACAGAGAUGGUAUCUGCCAAGAUUAGCCAAGCCUCUCUGCGUGUGCCGGGGGCUGACAGCGACGACGAGACAAAAACUCCGUCUGCCUCGCCCCACCAUGGCCGGUCCCGGCCCUCUUCCCUAAUUGUGGACUCCUCGUCGGAGUCUGAUGACGAUGAGUCCAGGGGAGAGAUGUUUGAUAUCUAUGUAGCCACAGCGGAUUAUAGCCCCACUGGAGCCAACCAGGAGACCAUCGCUCUGAAGGAAGGCCAGUACGUGGAAGUGCUGGACUGUGCACAUCCGCUCAAGUGGUUGGUUCGCACCAAGCCCACCAAAACCACGCCCUCUCGCCAGGGCUGGGUUUCCCCGGCGUACCUCGACAAGAAGCUAAAGGUGUCCCCUGACAGUGGGGAGGUUUCAGAGAUUGGUGGAGAAGAGGUGUCAGAGAGCGAGUACAAAAAGAGACUCUGCCAACUGAUCCAGGAGAUGAUCAGCAGUGAGGGAGAGUUUGUGAAGGAACUGGAGUUCUUUGUGUCCCACCAUCUGAAGCAUGUUGAGACUAGUCCUGACGCCCCGUCCUAUGUCAGCGGCCAGAAGGAGGCCAUCUUCCGAAACAUUGAAGACAUCAAGACCUUCCACAGCAGUUGUUUGUUGCCCAGUCUGAACGAGUGUGAUACCGACGACGAUGUGGCCUUGCGCUUCCUCCGAAAUGCAGAGGGCUUUGAAAAGUACCUCCUGUACCUGGUGGGACAACCAUUGGCUGAAGCCUCUAUUGCGGACAAGGCCGUCCAUCAUUACUUCAAAGAAUAUAAUGAGAAAGAUUUGGCAGAUGUUGACCCCUCUGAGGGUCCUGUGCUGAGUGUCAAUGGCUACUUACAGAGACCAUUGGAGAGGAUCCAGAGGUACAAAGCUUUGUUCAAGGAGCUGAUCAGGAACAAGGCCAGGAACGGGCAGAACUGCUGCCUUCUGGAGGAGGCCUACUCCAUCAUCUCCUCGCUUCCGCAGCGCUCGGACAAUACGCACCACGUCUCUCUGAUUGAGAACUAUCCCGCCACGCUCGAGGCCCUGGGAGAGCCUAUCAGACAGGGACCCUUCACCGUGUGGGAGGGCGCACCCGGAAUUAGGACAUCCUCCAGAGGACACCAUCGCCACGCCUUCCUCUUCAAACACUACGUCAUCAUCUGCAAGCUCAAGAGAGACACCAACGCGGACACCCAGGCUUAUGUCUUCAAAAACAUGAUGAAGUUGAACAACAUCGAUGUGAACGAGACCGUGGAGGGUGACGACCGGGCCUUUGAGAUCUGGCACGAGCGUGAGGACUCAGUGAGGAAGUACACGCUGCAGGCCCGGACGGUCAUCAUCAAGAACUCAUGGCUGAGGGACCUGAGGGACCUCCAGCAGCGCUACAGCCUGCCCGCCUGGAGUCCGCCUGACUUUGACGAGGUCCUGGCUGACUGCACGGCAGAGCUUGGGCAGACAGUGAAGCUGGCCUGCAAGGUCACGGGAACGCCCAAACCCGUCGCCACCUGGUACAAAGACGGGCGUCCGGUGGAGGCGGACCCCCACCACAUCAUCAUCGAGGACCCCGAUGGCUCCUGUACACUCAUCCUGGACAACAUGACGGCCGACGACUCCGGGCAGUACAUGUGCUUCGCCACCAGCUCUGCGGGAAAUGCCAGCACACUGGGCAAGAUCACCGUGCAGGUGCCACCUCGCUUUGUGAACAAGCUGCGGAAUGCCCCCUUCAUAUCCGGCGAGGAUGCCCAGUUUACCUGUACCAUCCAGAGCGCCCCCAACCCCAAGAUCAGAUGGUUCAAAGACGGUAAGCUGCUAACGGACCAGGAAAAGUACCAGACUUUCAGUGAGCUACGCAGUGGAGUUGUGGUCCUCGUCAUAAAGAAUCCUGGAGAGAAGGAUCUGGGACGUUAUGAGUGUGAGUUGUCCAAUCGGCUUGGCAGUGCCAGGAGUGCAGCUGAGCUGUGCCCACCAUCUGCCAUGGCAACAACUGGGGAGCAGGCCGUCACCAUUGAAGUCACAGAGCAGGAGACUAAAGUACCAAAGAAAACCAUCAUCAUAGAAGAAACUAUAACCACAGUGGUGAAGAACACGCGGAUGAAGCAUCGCAUGUCCCCGGGGCUGUCCCCCUCAAGGACCCCCACCCCUGAAGCCAUGUCGGCGGGUGCCAGGCAGAGGCGUCCCCUUUCCCGCUCCUACCAGGAGGUGGGCAAGAAGCCGAUCGUCCCCACAUUGUACGUUACAGAGGCGGCAGGGGCAACGGGUACGACCAUCAGGCUCGGGGAGAAGAAACCCAAGUGGGUGGAGGUGGAGGAAAUAAUCGAGUAUAAGGUCAACAAGUCUCCCAAGCUGCCCAGGAGGUCCGGAGUCUCGCCCCGGAGGGCACGCCGAGACGACCCCAACACCAACAACUCCAACAACAAGCUAGUGGAUCAGCCCUGUCCCGGAGCCUCCCCCCAGGGAGAUGGAUUCAGCGACAUUCAGCCAUUGCCUUGGGAAGAUGAGCAAGUGACCUCGCUGGACCUUGAGGAGGGGACACUAGAAGAUACAGCGGGGGUGGAGAGAGAAGCCAUCCCACCCACAGCAGCUGCAGUUGGCCAGACUCUUGUCUUCAGCUUCAAAAGUCCAGCUGAGUCUAAGUUUGAGUCACCGGACCAAGUGCCGACCCCAGUGGACAGAGAAGAACUGGGCUGGCCAGAAGAGGAAGUGGUCAUUAUCGAAGAGCCCGAGGAUGAAGACCUCAACUGCAAAGACCUGAAGAUUUUGACCAGGGAGGGCCGAGCUCUGACCCUAGAAGAUCUCGAGGACUACAUCCCAGGAGAAGGUGAGACAUACAGGUGCCCUGAGUAUGGCAGGCAGUCUUCAGCUGACAAGCCCUGUGAGAUCGCUGUACUGCAGAGGGAGAUAAAUGAGCCCACUGUCGGCAAGCCAGUGCUGCUGAACGUGGGUCGGCCCGUGGCCCCUAAACCCCGGCCUGGGUUCUUCAGCCGCUUCAAAGAGCACCUCUCCCACAGCUUGUUCACACCUUCAACCCAUCCUGGAGAGGAGCGACAAGUGCCCAUAUGUGUGAGUGGAGCACAUUUUCUCCGCCAACCAGCAGGGGCCGCCACCACUGUGUCUUGCGAUAGCCAGGCCAAGCUUGAGGUCAAGCCAUCGUACAGCAUGGAAGUUCAGAGAAGCACAGAGGGUGGGCAGCAGAGCUUCAAAACAGAAGUGUCAGCCCGCACCUUCAGCUACGCACCAGUGGGGGAGUCUGUCACUCUUCAGAUCAACAAGAAGGACAAGUACCAGCCAUCAAAGCCAUAAACAGCAAACAUGGAAAUAAUAUCUACUGCCUUGUGUGUCAAACAAAUACAACCCGAAAGAGACCUGAAAUAGCCCUUUUAGUCUUAAAUGGGAACAUUUCUGUAAAUUUUACUUAAAUGUAAAGGCAUAUGCAAAACGUUCUUUUACUGUAAAUUACAGAUCAUUCCAUAUUGAUGCAAAGAAGCUGGAAAUUAGAUUUGGCCUUUUCCUCCUGUUCAUUUCCUUCUCUUCUUUUAACUGUAGGUCAAAAGGUGUACUAUGAAAGUUAUAUCUUAUAUAGUAUUUUAACAACACAAAAAAUAUUUUAUAUAACAUUUUGUGGAUAAUAGCACCAGUUAAUCCAAUACAUAUCCAAUAUAUAUCUGCCACAUUUUUGAGAGCCCAUGCAAAAAUAUACUGUAAAAAUGCAGUAGAAAUGCUGACAUUAUAUUUUCUAAAUGUUAUCCGUUCGCUUAAUGAAGAGGUGACAGUUGUGCCUCGAAAUCUCAGAAAAGUGUGAAAAAAGCAGGAGAAAGCGAAGUCAUGCUAAAAGAUUUGUUUGUGAAGUUGGAGGUAUUAUAUAUGCAGUAUCCUUCCAGGUAAGACUAAUGUAAAACGCAAACAUGUUUUUCUUACAUAUUUAUUAUAAAAAAGGUCAAAGAAUAAAAACCUAGCCUUUUAGGCACCAAGUUGUUCUAAGUAUGUAAGAAUUGUUUUUGAAAAUGUUGGCUAAGAAUGUCAAGAACAAUACAGUGUGGGCAGUCAGAAAUACUAAAUCGACAUGGUGCAAAGACCAAACUGUUGAGGGUAUUGUUCUAUGUGAAAGAAAAGAAUGUUUGAAACGAAGAAUUGUCAAAGGCUCUGUGUGAUGUUUCAGAGUUUUGCGUUUUGAUACGAAUAUUGUAUCAAAACCUGUUGAUUUUACUGAAGUGUAACAUAUGAAGAUUGACACACUGAUAUUUAAUUGAGAUACACAUUCACUGGAUAUAACUUCUUUCUCCAUCAAAUCUCAGUGGAAGGUUUCUGAAUCACCUCAUGUGUAGUACAAAAGUGUACUUACUACUCAACCUAGUUGGGCAAUGUUGUUUUUGCCAUCAGAACACUUGAUACCUCUAAUUCCUCCACUUGUAGUAUGGAGUGACUGAGCCCUUUGGCUUGAGACAUGAAGCUUGAGAUCUGUGUUUGCUUCAAGUUAUUUAGCAACAGCAAUUACACACAGCCAGGCCAUGUCACCAUUUAUUCUCGCACUGAUUAAUUGAUUCGGUAGACUGCCAUCUUUUCUAGUUAGAUCUUUAAACUAUUGAAUUUCUACUGUUUGGGUAAGAUAGGAUCCUCCCCUCUGCAAAUUUUACGGUGGAUUAUUUUUUAAGUAGUCAGUACUAUAAAACAAAGAAACAA